GCAUUGCUGACGUCAUGACGCUACUUCCGCAUUACCGGUAAGGCACGGUUCUCAAGUAAAUGAAAGUGUUCUGUGUCCGAUUGAUUUGAAUUGUCUAGUUUUCCUCCUUGUCAAUCGCUAAUCAAAGAUGUCUAAGCCGAAAUUAAUAGUCUUCGACCUAGAUUACACCCUGUGGCCGUUCUGGGUCGACACCCAUGUUGAUGCACCUUUUCACAUCGAUGACAGCGGCAUGGUGCGGGAUUCAAGAUUUGCCAAGGUUCCCAUUUAUCACGAUACUAAAAAGAUUUUGAGCUCACUGCAUAGUCAGGGGUUCAAGAUAGGCAUUGCAUCACGAACCAGUGAGACGGAGGGAGCCAAUCAGCUGCUGUCACUCUAUAAACUUGACCAAUACAUUUCCUUCAAGGAGAUCUAUCCCGGUUCAAAGGUCACUCACUUUAAAAGGCUGAAAGCUGACAGUGGCGUCCAGUUUUCUGACAUGAUGUUCUUUGAUGACGAGGAUAGGAACAUCUUGGAGGUUGGCAGGCUGGGUGUUCACUGUGUGAUGGUUCGUAGUGCCAUCACCUGGGAUCUAGUCAAGAAAUCACUUGAGGAGUUCAGCAAGAAGCAGUGAAGGCGUCUGGUCCUGUGGAGAUGCAGCUGCUGCAAAUGAAGAAGAACCCAUUUGCUGUGCAAAAAAAAACUGAGACGUACUGUAUAGAGGACUAGGAGGGUCAUGUUUAGUGAUUAUUUCUGUGUAAUCAACCGUUUUUAACUUUUUUUGACAAAAGCAAUUGGCGAAUACUUAUAAUUAUUUUUUGA